AUGCCAGCUGCGGGGGCCUCGCCUCCGUGGCUUACGGACGUCAUCGACGACUCCGGCAGAGGCGUAGUCGACGGCUUCACCACCGCGAUGCUCCGCUCGCCCGUCGAGAUGGGAGCCAUCAUGGACCAGCAGGCACAUAUUAAGCCCUACAUGGACGUGAGGCUCAAUAGGGACAGGUUGCUAUACUACCAGUUCGUCCGCGACCUAUUCGAGUCCAAUCUCGUGGAUUUCGGGACGGACGCUUUCGAGACCGUUUACCCGUUCUUCGUACGCAAGAAGUCGGGCAAGCAGCGGCUCGUGUGGGACUGCCGGGUGGCCAACAUCCGCUGGCGCAGUCCGCCCAAGAUCCGCAUGGCGAGUGGCUCGGCGUUCGCAGGUUUGCAGAUCCCGACGGAGCUGCAGGAGCACGGCAUGUGGGGUGCCGGCUCCGAUAUCGCGGACUACUUCUUUUGGCUCGCCAUGCCGCCUGACCUGCGGCCCUUCUUUGCGCUGCCGCCUGUGCCAGGCGCUCUGUUGCUCGAGUGGGGUGUCCCCGCUGCUUUGGGCGGGGCGCUCCAUGGCCUUUUGGAGGUCAGACCUCGCCUUCGCUCCGUGCCGAUGGGCUGGACUUGGGCGAUGUGGCUGGCGCAGCGUGUCCACAUACAUCAGAUCUGUCUAGCGUUGCCCUGGGCGCCCUCGAGACUCAUGGAGGAGGGGGCCCCUGUUCCUGAAUGGCGCUCGGAUCUCCCGGUUCUGAAUGUGUAUUGUGACAACCUAAUGGUUCUGGCGACGUGCCCCAAACUGGCGAGGGAGACUCGGGAUGCCGUCAUUGUCCAGCUCGUCAAGUCAGGCUUUGUCGUUCACGAGGUCUUCGGUCCUGUUAGGCAGUUCACCGCUCUGGGUUACUAUAUCGACGGGGACGCUAUGAAGGUCUGGGUCGAUCCGAUGCGCAGGGAGCGAAUUGCCGCCGCUGCCCGAGCUCUGGCGCGACGGCCUCGGAUUACAGGUUUGGCGCUGAGUCGGUUCAUCGGUCAUUGCAUUGCCGCCUUUCUCAUCUUCCGCCCGGGCCUCUCGGUAUUUAGGCGCAUGUAUGACUUCGCUGCUAAGUUGGGGGCCGCUCCAGGACGUCUCUGGACUGAGGCCGCUCACGAGGCUCGUCAGAUAUCGUAUCUCAUCCAGGUCACCAUGUCGGAUCUCUGCCUGGAGUGGUCGGAGAGGGUCCUCGCUACCGAUGCGUGCCUGUCGGGGUUUGCCGUUGCUGCUACGCGUUGGCCUCAGGAGGUCAUCAAGGAGUACGGGUCUGUCCGAGAGAAAUGGAGGUAUCGGAGUCGUCUGCCGUCUGCGACUGCACCUCGCGAUGCUGCCCUGCCUGCCUUCGGCGACCCCUUCAGUGACAUCAACACCGUAAAGACCAUCGCCGAGCCGAAAGCUAUUUCGACGUACGAGCCGAACCCCGAUUUCGCCGAGAUCGACCCGCGAUACCUCGGCAAGGAAGACUGGAAGUUGCAGUAUGCCUCAAGGCGACACCUCUUACUUGGGGACAAUCUGGGGACUGUGCUGGCCAUGGAGAAGGGCAGGUCGUCGUCUUUCUCUCUCAACAAGUCAUGCCGUAAGACCGCAGCCUUUUCAGUGGCUUCGGGGUCGCGCUACGUGUACCGCUGGAUCCCCUCAGAGAGCAACCAUGCCGACGAGGGCUCCCGCCUCUGGGAGCCGCGCCGGCGCUCCGCCUGUGCAGCGGACCCUCCGCCCGGCGCAGGGGCCACCAUCUCGCUCGCGGAGUGGCUGGAGCUGGACGAAGAGGCCGUGGAGGGGCGGGGCACCUUCCUCGAGUCCAGUUCGGUGAGCACCAAGACGUACAAGGAUUACGAUCAGCGCCACUCGGAUUUCCAGGAGUGGAUCGCUCAGAACCGGCUGUCGAUCAAGUUGGAGAGGCAGCCCGACCUCGUGCUCACGGACUACAUCAACCACAUGUGGUCGACGGGGCACGACGUCUCGGAGGGAUCGAAGGUGCUGGCUGCGUACAUGUACUUCUACCCCGACUACUCGAAGGCCGGGAGGAAUGUGCUCCCGCGGGCCCGCAAGGCCCUCCGGGGCUGGAGGAGGCUCGAGCCGGGCAGGACCAGGCCGCCGAUCCCGCUGCACCUGCUCGCGCUGCUGUGGCUCGAGAUGAUCCACAUGGGGUCCCCUCUCAUGGCUCUGGCGCUGGUCACGAUGUGGGUCGCAUACCUGCGGCCAGGGGAGGCCAUGAGGUUGAAGGAGAAGGCCCUAGUCUCCCCGCCGCGCACUUCUGCUUCGGCCCUGUGGAGUCUGCACAUGCACGAGGAGCUGGAUCAGCACCCUUCCAAGGUCAACCUCUUCGAGGAGAGCCUGGUGCUGGACUCGGCCGACCUCCCAUGGCUGGGAGACCUGCUGGCAGGACUCAGGAAGGGGCAACCAGACAGGCUGUUCUUCGAGUUCAAGUACCCGCUCCUCGGCCAGGCUAUGUUGGGAGCGGCCAAGAAGGUCGGUCUGGAGAAGCUCAAGAUCACCGCUUACCACAUGAGGCACUCCGGCCCCAGCCACGACAUCCUGUUCAAGAGAAGAUCGUUGGCAAGCGUCAAGGCGCGGGGUCGGUGGCUCUCCGAUCGCACGGUGAGGCGGUACGAAGCCCACGGGCGCCUCCUCCAACAACAGGCAAAGGUCUCGGACGACACGAACAUGAAAGGUGCCCUGGCUUUAGACAAGUUGAAGGACGCAUUCCACACCUCUUUGUUCCCACGGGCCGCCGCCUCGUCCAGGGGUGCCGGGCCGUCGAGGUCUUCUCAGGCUGUGGGAGGCUCUCGCAAGCUCUCGCCUGCGCCGGUGUCCCAGCAGAGGCCUGGGACAUCGAGCAAGGCGAGGCGGCUGAUUUUUUGA